AGAAUUUCCAGACCCGCGGCCCGGGGAUGGGGCGGGCCCGGCUGCUGCUGCUGCUGCCGCUGCCGCUGUCUUGGCUCUUCGUCCCUGGGCUUCCCAGAAGGACUCUCGCUGAGGUGAGGGAAGAAACCACGCCCCGUCUGCCCUUCCCCAUCGGCCUGGAUGACCUUGUGCCAUCCUCCUCUCCUCUCUCCCUUGGGGCCCAGCCCUCGGUGGUGGUGUCACCAACCGCACCCCGAAGACUCCGCAGAGGAAGUGCAGCCCUUCCCAGCGUGCCGUCGGCCAGGUCCAAGCGCCUGCCGCCUCUUGCGUUUAAUCACACGGUUGGCCACAUAAAGCCAUCUGAACACAAUGACGUGAAGUUCAAUUGCUCCAUCAGCAUACCUAACACGUACCAGGACACCCAUAUUUCUUGGUGGAAAGAUGGGAAGGAACUGCUUGGGGCACAUCAUGCGGUUACGCACUUUUACCCCGACGAUGAAGUUACAGCAGUGAUCGCAUCCUUCAGCAUAAUGAGGGUGCAGCGGUCAGACAGUGGGGCGUACACCUGUAAGACGAACAUAAACAAUGAAGAGAUCGUGUCUGACCCCAUCUACGUCGAGGUACAAGGACUUCCUUACUUCACCAGGGAGCCCGAGAGCAUGAACGUCACCAGAAACACCGCCUUCAACCUCACCUGUCAGGCUGUGGGCCCGCCGGAGCCCGUCGGCAUUGUCUGGUUUCAAAACAGCCGCCGUGUGAGUGAGCAGCCAGAAAGAUCCCCGUCUGUGCUGACUGUCCCUGGUCUGACCGAGACGGCGUUCUUCAGCUGUGAAGCCCACAAUGACAAGGGCCUGGCUGUGUCCAAGGGCAUUCAGGUCAACAUCAAAGUCCUUCCCUCCCCACCAGCUGAAGUCAGCAUCCACAACAGGAGCUCACACGGUGUCCUGAUCUCCUGGGUCCCGGGCUUUGAUGGCUACUCCCCGUUCAGCAUCUGCAACAUUCAGGUCAAGGAAGUGGAUCCUCUGAGUAAUGGCUCCGUCAUGAAUUUUAACACCUCUGCUUCUCCACCUCUGUAUCAAGUCGAGCAGCUGCGAGCUCUGGCUAACUACAGCAUCAGCGUGUCCUGCAGGAAUGAGAUUGGCUGGUCCGCCCGGAGCCCUUGGAUCCUGGCCAGCACGUCUGAAAAAGUGAUCCUGCUGGUCGCCCCACACACAGAAGGCGACCUGCGGUGGGGGCAGGGCUGGCGAGCAGGCAGAACAGCCAACCUGUGUCCCUGUGUUCCUGUGUCACUGCCCUUUUGUUCCAUUGGCUGUGGCCUGAGCAAGGAUGGACGCUGUGGAAUCAUGGCCACUGGCCCCUGGGAUGUGGUGGGAGGACUCCCUCAGGAGGAACUGUGGCAGAGCAGGCCACGUGCCCUGGGCAGCUUAGUGUUUCAUUUCCUUUACUUCCUUGUCUGUCCCCAGGAAGAGCUGUCUGAGGAAGUCGGCCAGGAUGGCAGCCAUGUUCAGAUCCCCGUUCACGUCCACAAUGCCACAUGCACAGUGAGGAUCGCCGCCGUCACCACAGGAGGGGCCGGGCCUUUCAGUGACCCCGUGAAAAUAUUCGUCCCUGCACACGGUUGGGUAGAUCUGGCCCCCUCGUCAGCUCCAACACCUGGCAGUACAGACCCCGUGCUCAUCGUCCUCGGCUGCUUCUGCGGAUUUAUUCUGAUUGGGCUGGUUUUGUAUGUUUCUCUGGCCAUCAGAAAAAGAGUCCAGGAGACGAGGUUCGGGAACGCCUUCACGGGCGAGGACGUGGAACUGGUGGUCAAUUACACAGCAAAGAAGUCCUUCAGUCGGCGAGCCAUCGAACUCACCCUAAGCAGCUUGGGAGUCAGCGAGGAGCUGCAGCGUAAGCUGGAAGAUGUUAUGAUUGACAGGAACCUUCUAAUUCUUGGAAAAAUUCUGGGUGAAGGAGAGUUUGGGUCUGUCAUGGAAGGAAGUCUUGGUCAGCAGGAUGGAACUUCCGAGAAAGUGGCCGUGAAGACCAUGAAACUGGACAACUUUUCCCAGCGAGAGAUCGAGGAGUUCCUCAGCGAGGCCGCAUGCAUGAAAGACUUCAGCCACCCCAACGUCAUCCGGCUCCUAGGUGUGUGUAUAGAAAUGGGCUCUCAAGGCACCCCGAAGCCCAUGGUGAUUUUACCCUUCAUGAAAUACGGGGACCUACAUACCUACUUACUCUAUUCCCGACUGGAGGCAGCAUCAAAGCACAUUCCCGUGCAGACACUGGUGAAGUUCAUGGUGGACAUUGCCCAGGGGAUGGAGUAUCUGAGCAACAGGAAUUUCCUCCAUCGAGACUUAGCUGCUCGAAACUGCAUGUUGCGAGAUGACAUGACUGUGUGUGUGGCGGACUUCGGCCUCUCUAAGAAGAUUUACAGCGGCGAUUACUACCGCCAAGGCCGCAUCGCGAAGAUGCCUGUGAAGUGGAUUGCCAUCGAGAGCCUUGCGGACCGAGUCUACACCAGUAAAAGUGACGUGUGGGCAUUUGGCGUGACCAUGUGGGAAAUUGCAACUCGGGGAAUGACGCCCUACCCCGGAGUCCAGAACCAUGAGAUGUACGACUAUCUCCUCCACGGCCACAGGCUGAAGCAGCCAGAGGACUGCCUGGACGAACUGUAUGAAAUAAUGCACUCCUGCUGGAGGGCUGAGCCCUUGGACCGACCCACCUUCUCCAUGUUGAGGCUGCAGCUAGAAAAGUUCUUGGAAAGUUUGCCGGAAGCGCAGGACAAAGCCGAGGUCGUCUACAUCAACACACCGUUUCCAGAGAGCUGCGAGGGCCUGGCAGAGGGCCCCCCACUCGCUCAGCUGGACAUGGACAUCGACCCCGACUCUAUCAUUGCUGCCUGCGCGAGCAGCGCUGCUGUCAGCGUGGUCACAGCCCAAGUCCAUGAGAAUGGACCUCUCGAGGGAAGGUACAUUCUAAAUGGGGGCAGUGAGAACUGGGAAGACGUGGCUCCCGCCACCGCCGCCGCAGCAGGGACAGCAGGAAAGAACGGUGUUUUACUGGAGGACAGGCCUGUGAGGAGCGGGGUCUCCUGGUCCCAGUCCAGCACGCUGCCCCUGGGGAGCCUGCCGCCAGAUGAACUUUUGUUCGCAGAUGACUCCUCGGAAGACUCGGCAGUCCUUGUGUGAGGAGAGCCGAGACAUUCCCAAACCAGGGAGAUAGACAGACCCCUCUGCCUUAGAGACCCAGGUACGCCCCAAGUUUCUGGUAUCCGUCUUCCUGCCACCGCCCGCAAGCACCAGAUGAAUGUUGUUCAGUACGUCAUUAAAAAUGCAUUAAUAUAUAUUUAUUUAAAUAGAAAAAUAUAUGUGUAUAUGGUGGAAAGAGACCUAGAUUUUAUAUUUUAAUAAAGAUGACUUAUUUUCUGUCACUUACCUUGCAGAUUUUAAAAUUUAAGCUUUAACAGCCUCAUCUCUACAGCUGCUCCUUGAUAACAUUUGCA